AUGAAGUUGUUAUUGGCAGUAACUAUAUUAUUGACCCUCCAUUUGGCGCAGGCGCGCAUCUUGGAUCACGGUAAUCGCAUUACAAACGGGAAUCUAGCUGAGGCGGGUCAGUUUCCCUACCAGGUGGGCUUGAACGUAUCAUUUGGCAACGCGAGCACCUGGUGCGGCGGCACUCUGGUAUCGCAUCGAUGGAUUCUCACGGCUGCCCACUGCAUGGAUGGAGCGGAGCGUGCCACGAUCUACCUGGGCGCGAUUAACAUUACAGACAGGCACGAGGCGGGCCAGAAGCGUUAUUACGUGACGAGAUCUCAUAUCGUAGUGCAUGCCAAUUGGACGGCCAGCACCGUGGCCAAUGACAUAGCUCUCGUCAAGCUGCCCACAUUCGUGGAGUUCAGCGAUCGGGUGAGAGCUGCCGACCUGCCCAGAGGUCUGAAUGGCAGCUACUCCAGCUAUGAGCAGGCCACGGCCUAUGCAUCCGGCUGGGGCCGGGACAGCGACAGCUCCAACUCCAUGUCGGCAACCUUGCGCUAUGUGGCAAUGCCCGUAAUGCCGCACAGCCGCUGCAAGUUAUUCUGGGGCGGCUCCCUGUCCGAAAAGAUGAUCUGCAUGAGCACCAGCAGCGGCAGAUCCACCUGCCACGGCGACUCCGGCGGACCGCUCAUCUACAAGGAGGACAGCAACAACUAUUUGAUUGGCAUCACCUCGUUCGGGCUCUCAAUGGGCUGUGAGAUUGGUUUCCCGUCCAUUUUCACGCGGGUGACCAGCUACUUGGACUGGAUUUGGCAGCACAUUGGGGGCAAUAGCACGACAGAAUCGAAUUUUUAAAUGGUUUUAAAGCACAAGAACCGAAACCUUUUGGCUCAAAAGAAUAUUUUUGUAGCAUUUGAAAAUAUUAUUGCAAGCCUUAAAAGCUUAUUUUCAGUAAUUUAAGUUAAUAAUAAAAAUAGAAUUAUUUAAAUUUAUAUUAAAUUUAACAUUUCAAUUGAAGAUUUAACAAGUCAAAGCUCGACAAACAGAUUAACGAACUGAGGCUUAAGAGCGAUUGCAUUGGUUUGAACCAUUAACCACUAAAACGCUGGUUCAACUAAAAAUGUAAUUUCAAUUAAAAUAAAUACUUGACAAGUUGUACAAUAAACUUAAACAACAGUUUCUUUUUUUUUUUGUAUUUUAUGUUUUUCAAGUUUUUUUUUAUUGUUCUUUUGUUUUGGGUUUUGAAAUUUUUAUUCGGACCUUCGAACAGCGCUUCCGAGUAUUCAAAUUCGAAACAGCAGAACGUUCCCAGUGAAACCCGCGAUUUGCGCACUUUCCGAAUGCCAUUUUUGUUUUUCAUCUAUGUACAAAACUUAAAAAAUAGAGGGGGGAACAAAUUAAGAGAUAGAAAUUACACGUACAAUUACGUGUUUUUUUUUGUUUUUUUUUUAUACCUAAUUACUUUUGUUGCUUGUUUUUU